AUGCUCUUUCCUGCGCUAGCAGCGCGCGUCCUAGCGCGAAAUGUCCUCGCAUCAUCUGCGUUCGUCGUUCGGCGCGCUCCUCUAGCCCAGAUAACGCGCAGUUUCUCUGUCUCAAGUGUCACCUGGGCACAAGCUGCAGCAACGGCAAAGGCAAAACCGGCAGCCAAGAAAUCAACAACAGCAAAGAAGACCACCGCGCGUAAAUCAACAGCAGCGAAAAAAAGACCUGCUGCUAAAAAGAGUACAAAGAAAAGGAAGGCCGCCCCAAAACCAAAGCCAAAGAAGGCAAAGAAGAAAGUUGUUAAGAAAACGCCUACGAUUAAAAUUCUUCCUGAGCACAAACCUCCCAAGGGUCAUGGGAACCCCUAUACCUUCUUCUUCCGCAAAUUCUUCGCAGGAGCUCAACGUAAUGAAGGAGAACCCGGCAAGGAAUUCGUGGCCAGAAUCGGCAGGGAAGCAGGUCCUAUUUGGACUGCUUUUUCUGAGCAAGAGAAACAACCUUUCGUCGACGAAUUUAACGCGGCUAAGGUAGAAUAUGCGAAGAAGAGGGAUGAAUAUUACAAGAACACCAGCCCUACCAUUAUCAAAGAGCUCAACAAGCGUCGUAGGAGGAUGGGAAAGAGGGCGAUUCACGUGAAGAGGCCCGACCACCCAAUAACCUCCUUCUUUGCCUUCGGUAUUGAAGAACGUAACAAAGGUCUUGCUCCGACGGGAUUGAAGGCCAGCGAGGUCAUGAAAGAAUUCGGCAAGAGAUGGAGAGCCUUGUCGGAUGCAGAAAAACUGCACUAUAAGGAAAGGGGAUUGACUAUGACCGCAGAGAGGAAAGCAGCGAGGGAAUCAGCCACUGCUUAAAUUAUCCUUCCACCUUUUCGCUUCUCCUGGACUCCGUUAAUUCGAUUUGCUCCGUCCUUCCUUUAGUGAAACCUUGGAUGACCCUUAAGCGGGCUAAAAUUUCAUCUCGUCAUGCCUUAAACUCGCUGGUAAUUUAAACUUUUGAUAAGCCAGCCUCUCUCGAUAUGUACUUGACGAAUUAAUCAUUUGUUUUCGUGACGAUAAC